UAUAUAUCUUUCAGAUGUAAGAUAUUAACUACAAGAUGUCUCUUUGUACAAAUAAAUUUAAUUUGAUAGAAUUUGAAGAUGGAUUACAAGUGAUACCAGAUAACUGGAUACAAAAGGAAAAAAAUGAAUGUUUAUAUCCAAAUUAUAAAACAGAUAAAGAUAUAGAUGCAGCGAUUAGAACACGACAAACACCUCAAGAUAAUUGGUUAUUAUAUCCAAUUAAACGAAUCUUUGGUACAUAUGAGUCUUACAAUGAAGCACGCAAUAAACUAAAAAAGGCUGAGAUAGAUUCUGAUAUUACGGAUACUGACAAAGCACAAAGAAAAAUUAAAGCCAGGAAAGUGAUUAGUUCCGAUGAUGAUAUUAACGAUGAUGAUGAUGAUGAUGAUGAUGAUCAUGAAAACAAUUGUCAAACUCGUUUACCAUCAUAUCCAAAAGCGUCUAAGGUUUAUAGGAAUACCAAACAUGUAGAUUCAGGUACCAAAAAGAACAUAGUAAACACUAUAUGUCAAAUAAUCGAUCAUCACUAAAUGCUUCGACUUCUCAUAAAUCAAUGUUUGCAAAACAAGCAAAACACGAUGAUAUCGAUACAUGUAAUCGAACAAUAAUGAAUGAUAUUGCCAGCAAUCGUAUUAUUCCUGCAGAAAGUUCUGCCAUCAUGCGAGAAGAUUAUGUGGAAUUGAAAAAUAAA